AUGACUCCUCAAUCCGCAUACAAGAAGGAAACCAUCGAGUUCCUCUCCACUAUCCGAGUUAACUUCUACGAGCCUGACGAGAUCGUGCCUGAGGGCCAUGGAAGUGGAAGGUUCUCCUUCCGAAUCAACAAUAGGAAGUACCGGAUGAGUUUCAGAGAUUUGGAGGAUGUGUUCCACUUUGACAACAAAGAGGGACGAGAGACAGAACCGGGAACGCCACCUGCGGAGCUUCAAUCCUUCUGGACCAUGAUUGGAGUCAAUGAGUACAUGUCCAGUACCGCCAAGAGCACGCACAUCAGGAACCCGACGCUGAUGAUAUAG